AUGGACGCCAUAACCAACGACAUCGCCGCUCGCAUCGGCGACUUGAACCCCUUCAAGAACCGUCGCCUCAACGAUGAAGACUGGGGUGAGGAGAUUGACAACGACACCGUCGCGGGUGGUGGCCACAGCGUGCGUCGCAUCACCACUGACCUCAGAGUCAGCCAUGCCCUGAGGUCAUUCAUCGCCGAGCAAAAGAUCUUAUCCAAGAGAGAUUCCGGCCUCGACUCGGACGAGCCCACCAGGCCCCUCCUCGAAUUCGUCAGCAAGCCGCACAUCCGGGUGCCUCCAGAGCUCACCGACAGGUCUUACCCUCUGCCCGAGUACUUUAUCAGCUCCAGCCACAAUACCUAUCUGAUGGCCCAUCAGCUCUAUGGCACCUCUUGCGCGACCGCCUAUGAGAGCGCUCUGCGGACUGGCGCGCGAUGUGUCGAGAUUGAUGUGUGGGAUAACAGCGACGACAGAGACGAGCCCAAGGUCACCCACGGUUACACUUUGGUAUCCAACAUUCCAUUCCGCUUGGUGUGCGAGACUAUUCGUGAUUCUGUCGACAAAGAGGCCGCCGAGGCGCAAAACACACCUGGUUACCAUGCCGCGCCCGUGUUGCUGUCUCUGGAAAAUCACUGUGACGCUUACGGCCAGAUGCGCCUGGUCAACAUCAUGCAGGACGUGUGGGGGGAUCGUCUCUUGAGCCAGGCUGUGAGGUAUCUUGGCCACGAAGAACAGGCUGGCUCGGGUGACCAUGUCAGACUGGGCGAUCUGGGCGCCAAGAUUGCCGUCAUUGUCGAGUACCACUUCCAAGGUGAGCCCUCGUCUAGCGACUCCAGCUCGAGCGACUCUGAAGAUGAGGAGGAGGAAAAGGCCGCCCGGGAGGAGUACAAGAAGAAGAAGGAGACCGAGGAGCCUUCCAUCAUUAUCCCCGAACUCGCCGGGCUUGGAGUCUACGCCCAGUCCGUCAAGCCCAUCGACAACUCAUGGUACGAGACUGGAACGCUCGCCAACGGGCCUCACCACCACCUGAUCAACGUCUCCGAGUCAGGUUUGGCCGCUCACCUCCCGGAUAAGAGCGCCGAAAUUUCGCGACACAAUGCCCAUCACCUCAUGCGCGUCUUCCCCAAGGGCACGCGCAUCUCGUCAACCAACCUCAAGCCUGUGCCUUAUUGGGGCAUCGGCGCCCAGAUCUGCGCUCUCAACCUGCAGAACUUUGGUACCAGCAACCAGCUCAACGAGGCUCUCUUUAGUGGCACUGAUGGUUACGUGCUGAAGCCCGCGGCCCUUCGUGCCGGUGGAAGCGGCAAGCUCAACACGGGACGGACUCGACGACUCAAACUUCAUGUCGCGGGCGCCACUGACAUUCCCCUGCACGGCGACUCGGAGGCGGACGGCAUCAAGCCGUACCUGACGUGCUCACUCUACCACCCAGACGACCUCAAGAACAACCCACCCAAGCGCAAGACAUCCCCGUACAAGCAGCACCGGUUUGGAUUCCUCCACCGCGGAGAGAACCCGCCGCCGACGGACCCUGUCUGGGACGAGACCCUGGAGUGGGAGUACGAGGACAACGAGCUCGUCUUUUUGCGGAUGCUCAUCAAGAGCGACGACAGCUGGACCAAGAACCCCAUGUUUGCCGUCGCCGCCGUGCGCCUGCUCUACGUCGUGCCUGGGUGGAGCUUCAUCCGGAUGCUGGACCUCAAGGGCCACGAGACAAAGUGUGUUGACGCUAUAACAUUUGGCCCAGCCACGUCAACCCACAACGCAGCCCCUCAACUUCCAUUAACGGCCACCUUAUCAUUCUUGUCAACACUCGAAGCAAUGGCAAAAUCCAUCUUCAUCACAGGUUGCUCCGCCGGCGGCAUCGGCUCCGCCCUCGCCCGCGAGUUCCACUCCCACGGCCAUCACGUCAUGGCCUCAGGCCGCACCGCCUCCGAGAUCGACCCGGCCCUAUCCCCGCUCGGCAUCACCACCCUCGUCCUCGAUGUCACGUCGUCCGAGUCCAUCGACUCGGCCGCUCGACGGAUCAAGUCUGAGACGGGUGGUGCGCUCGAUGUUCUCGUCAACAACGCUGGUGUCAUUCAUGUUAUGCCUUUUGCUGAUGAACCGGUUGCAGAGGUUAGACGGCUGUUUGAUGUUAAUGUCUUUGCUAUAUGGGCUGUCACACAAGCUUUUCUUCCACUGCUUCUUGAGGCUAAAGGUUUGGUGGUUAACAUCGGGAGCAUCAACGCUGGACUAUGUCCCCCUCUUUUUGGGGCAUACAACGCCAGCAAGGCAGCCCUCGAAGCGCUCAGUCGCACCAUGAGGAGAGAGCUAGCACCUCUAGGCGUACGCGUCGUUACAGUCAAAACAGGCAGUAUCCGAAGUGCCCUAUUCGACCACGCAGAGGGCAUCACAAUUCCAGACAAGAGCAUCUACGCGCCGCUGAGAGAAUGGGUUGCUCGACGGGGAUAUCUUAGGGGAGCGAGGUUUGUCGAGUUGGAUGACUAUGCGAGGGAUGUGGUGGGUGAUUUACUACGAGAGGAUGUUACGCCUGUUAUCUGGAGAGGUGGGUUGGCGUUGUUGGGAUGGGUCAUGAGUUGGUUUGGAUGGGAGACCAUGAUGGAUUGGCAGUUUAUCAAGGGAUAUGGACUUGAUAAAUUGCAGUACACAAAGGAGAAGUCAUCUUGA